AUGGGGAUGACCACGAGAAGCCAGCGGGUGGGGCUGAACCCCCAGCUUCCAAACCCCCCAACCCGUCGCCCAUCUCCCACCCCCGAAGCCGCAAACCCCACAAUCUCACCCGAAUACCCCAACGUUGAGGACUUUUCUCUCGCCGAGGAUGAUUCUCAUGAUGAGGACGAUUCUCACGUCGAGGAUGAUUCUCAUGAUGAGGACGAUUCUCACGUCGAGGAUGAUUCUCAUGAUGAGGAUUACUUUCUCGUCUCAAUCAUCUACGACUACUCCACCAUCACAGCCCGAGCUCGUUCGUUCCAAGGAAUAGUGCUUGCUAGGGCCACUCCGCUCCAACUGGCCCAGAAUGGCUUCUAUUACCGACCUUCGGGAGUCAGCAAUGUGGCAUGCUGUUUUGCCUGCCAAUCGACCAAGCACUUAUCCACCUUCCAAUGCACCCCGUUCGAGGAAGUGCAACAGCUACACGAGGAAGACUGCAUAUGGCAGAUAAUCUCGUGCGAUUGA